AUGGCGGCUGUGCAUAGAAAAAAAGUUGUGUGGGCGCGGGGCGCUAGCGCUCCUGUGCUGCUGCUGCUGGGCGUUGCAGGCAGCGGUAAAACGCAGCUGGGACAUUUGCUGAGCGGCAGGCAGCGAGCGGACGAUGAUCGUUCUGCCACAAAUGGCGUGCGCUGCUAUCAGCUGCAGCAGCAGCAGCAGCAGUCCGAGUUUGCGGCAGUGGCUAGCAUCACCGAGGUGGGUGGCAGCGCGGAAAUGCAGCGGCUAUGGCCGCAUUACUAUGCCAGCAGUCAUGCGCUCAUCUAUUGCUACGACAUUGGCGGCAGCUAUGAGCAGCUGCGUCGCAGCUUUGAGCUGCUGCAGCGCUGUCUGCAGCAUGCGGCGCUGCGUGGCAAGCCAGUGCUGCUGGUGGCAAGUCGCGACAGCGAGAGCGUGCAGCUGUACGAUAUAGAGCAUGCAUUCAAUUUGGAGCAGCUGGCGCGUGGCAGCAACUGUCCGCUGCAUUUGUGCCACAUGUUGCAGCCGGCGCAGCUGCGCGCGGGCAUGCAGUGGCUGCUGCGCCUGCUGCAAGCUCAAGCGCCCGCGCUAGCGCAGCGCAUCAAAUACGAUCUGAAUCUAAUGUCCUGGCAGCAACGCAAACGCACUUUGCUCAGCAGCAGCAAACUGGCGCAGGUGCAUCGCCAGCGAUUCCAUCGCGCGCAUCGCAAGCUUUGGCCGAUGCCGCAAGCAGCAGCCAGCAGCAACUUGCCGCAGCCACGUCCCUGUACAGCGCCCUCUGUCAUUUUUGUUGUGCGCUAAAUUCAAAAGU